GUGCCAUAAACUGGUGCUUUAUUUAACGUAUUUUGGCAGAACAAGACAGUGACAGGGGCCGUGGUGGGUGCCUGCGUGUGCUGGUGCAAGCUUGGUGCCUGCCGGGAGGUGCCUGCAGUGCCACAAGGGAUAAUAUUGAUGUAAACAAAGCGGUGGUUUCCUUCCAGCUGGUGAUAAAACUUAUUCUCGCUCUCCCUCGCUCUCCCACGUCACGGAAGCAGUGAUAAGCACACGAGGAGGAAAGCAAUGGCAACCCUCCGAUCCGGCAAGCAAGUUGGCGGCAGCGAUGGCGGUGGCGGUGGCAGUGGUGGUGAGGUGGACGGCAGGGACAGAGGGGCAGUACAGGCUGCGGACAUCAAGGAGAAGAAAUUGAAUUGGGAUGCCUUGCUCAAAAGAAAGUACCUGCUCCCUUUGCACCAAGAAUCAGUACUGAGUUAGAUGUUAGUAAUUUUUCUGAAGAGUUCACUGCAAUGAUACCACAGGAUUCUCCAGCAAUCGUUCCUCCAGAUGUUGAGAAAAUGUUCAAUGGCUACUCCUACGUUGCUCCAUCAAUUCUCUUCACUGACAAUGUCAUCAGCGACAGCAGCAGCCUUUUCAAGAUGUCACCAGACAGAAGACCUUCCACAACCAACCUAUUAUUGGCUUGUAGCUUUAAGGACUCACCAUUUUUCCAAAAAUACGAACUGAAUCUCCGAGAUAAUAUACUCGGAGACGGCAGCUUCAGUGUGUGUCGGGAAUGUGUACAAAAGUCCAGCGGGCAACAACACUUUCCUGUGGAGAUAGUGUCAAGAAGACUAGACUGCCAACAAGAAAUCAAUUUACUCUGGGCUUGCCAAGGACAUUCCAACAUUGUCAACAACCUCCAUGAAGUUUUCCAUGAUGAGGCACACACCUACAUUGUGAUGCAGCUCCUUGGAGGUGGAGAGCUGGCUGCCUCAGAGGAUCAGGAAACACGAGAGGUUCACAGAGGCUCGCCUCGGGCUUCGGUCGUCGUGAGGAACCUGGUGUCAGCAGUUCACUACUUGCACAGGAAAAGCAUCAGUGUUCACGGAGACCUAAAGCCAGACAGGGGUGAAAAGGGUUGGUGUUGAGGAUAGACAGAAAAGAAAAGAAAAGAAAGGAAAGGUAAAAAAAGGAAGUUUUUUUGCAUUGAUUUUCCAUCUGCUUAUUUUAAAGAAUUUAUUGCACGGAAUAUUAUUGAUCUCCAUCAUUUGUAUGGCCUUUAUAAUAAAAAGUAUGAAUUUA